GUUAAAUCAAAAUAAAUGUAUUUGUCGGGUUUUACUGUUCGAUUAUGUUUCAAAAGUAGCAAGUUAUAUUUAGUUAUAUGGUUAUAUUGUUCGAAGAAGAACCCAAUAAAUCAAUUUGAUCUAUGAACUUCUAGCAUUACUGUUGUCAGUUUGCGAGGCGCAUUUGCAUCGCGCACGCGUCGUCGCGUCAUCCGCGGGUAUUGUUAUCGAAAUUCUUUUAUUUAUUGCGAUAAUACUCUAAGAUUUAUUAUGCUAAUGCUACGAUGGGUGAUCGAGGAAGGAAAUUAGUGCAACUAGUUUGCAUUAAGCCGUUGAUAUCAGAUAUAUCCGAUGAUAGUAUCAUGAAAGUGGAACUGCCUUUGGAAAAUCGAAAUCCUGCAAGUACUUUACAAGAUGUUUGUGAUGGUACAAAUUCUAAUUUGGAAAAGGGCAGCGUUUAUUUGAAAAAUCUAGAUCCAGCCAGUAAUGUACACGAUACACAUGAUAUAGCUGUGCCUUUGAUGUCAUCAAACGAUGAUGAUGUAAUUUUGAAUAGUUCAUCAGACCUGGACCUUACACAAUUGGAUACUGUUUUAAAGAUGAAGGAUCUUCUAGAGGAUAAUUUCAUGAAUACAGGUCAAACUCCUGAGGCGUCUACAAGUCAGAUAAUUUGUUGUUAUGCGUCAGAUGAAUCAAGUAAGAAAGAAGACCCAUUUGGCAGCGACUUUUCAGAUAGAGAUCCUACUUAUGUGCCAGACUCAGAUGAAAAUAUACAAAACGAUAGUGGUUCUGACUGUUUAAUUCCUGAGGAAUGUCAAAACGAUACAGGCAAAGAAGUCGUCAUGUUGAUUCUUGAAAAUCUUUUGGAUAGAGUUUGGUUAUCCAUCAAACCCAUAACGAGACGAAAAAGAGCUCAACCAAGAGAGUGGAAACGAAACAUUAGUAAAGCGAGAAAAGCCGAGGGAUUACCUUACAUUACAAAAGGUGUUGCUAGAUCGGCCAAAGUGCCAAAGCCCAUUCAAUGUGAUAAAUGCAUAUUUAAAUGUACUCAAAAGUUUUCUCCUGACGAACGAAACGUUUUGUGUCGUAAUUAUUACAAUAUGAACUUCGUAUCACAAAAAAAUUUUAUUCUCUCAUGCCUAAAGAUUCAGCCUGUAAAGACUAGGAAAUUACAGAAAACAUCAAAUAAAAAGGAUCGCACAGUCAGCAAAAAAUACUUUUUCAGGAAGAACAACGAACCAAUUCAAGUCUGCCUCAACUUUUUCAAAGCAACUUUAUGUAUUAGUAUGGAUGUUAUAACUGACGCUGUGAUUAAAGCUGAUUCUUUCGGGGUUUACAAAAGUGAUGAUCAACGCGGUAAAAAAGAACCACCAAACAAAACAAGCGCUGACGAUAUUGCAUUUGUACAACAACAUAUUGAAUCUUUUCCUGUGAUGGAGUCCCAUUACUGUCGUAAAGAUAGCAAAAAGAAAUAUUUGGCUCCUGACGUAAAAUCUAUUAAUAAUAUGUAUAGAUUGUAUCAGGACAUUUGCAAAGAAUCCGAAAGGGUAGCAGUUUCAGCAUUUAAGUACCGUGAAAUAUUUAAUGAUAAAUUUAAUUUGAGUUUUUUUCAUCCAAAAAAGGACUUAUGUAGCAUUAAUUGUUCAAAAUACGAAAAAGCUGACUCGAAAGAAAAUUUAGAAGAUGAAUUUCGGGAGCACAUACAGCGUAAAAAAAUAUGUCAAGCAGAAAAAGAUGCUGACAAAAUUCGGGCUAAUACAGAUCACUCAUUUAUGUCUAUUACUAUGGAUUUACAAGCUGUGUUGCAAAUACCAAGUGGAGGGGAAAGUAUAUUAUACUAUAUGAGGAAGUUAGUAUUGUAUAAUUUUACUAUUUACGAAGCAAAAUUUCCAAAUAAUGCUUACUGUCUCUGUUGGAGCGAACUAAAUGGUAAAAAAGGGAGUUCUGAAAUAGGUACGUGCCUCUAUUACUUUUUAUCGAAAGAAUUACCCCAAUCCAUCAAAGAAAUAAGUAUUUUUUCUGACACCUGUAGCGGACAAAACAGGAAUCAGUACAUCUCAGCACUUCUGCUCUGGGCAGUUCAAAAAAUCGAUCAUUUAAAUGUAAUCGAACAGAAAUUCUUAGAAAGUGGCCACACUCACAUGGAGGUGGAUUCCAUGCACGCUGCUAUUGAAUCAGCGUCUAAAAAUAAGACAAUAAGUAGCGUAAGUGAGUGGAAAAACGUUUUUAAAGCAGCUAGAAAGAAGAGAGCUAAAACUAUUACGAAAGAGGAUGUGAAGGAAACAAUAGAGAUUGAUAAUUAUAAAGUGAGAGAAUUUAAAUUUAAUGACAUGUUAGACUUGAAAAAUCUUAGCGCUGCAAUAAUUAGAAUCAAAAAUAAAGAUAACUUGAAGGAAACUGUUAACUGGCUUAAAAUAAAAAGGAUUAAGUAUGUGAAAGGAGACUUAAAAUUAUAUUUUAAUUAUGAUAUGUCCGAGAACUUUCGUAGCAUUGAUGUCUGUAAAAUGGCCGUUAAUACACCAAAAACUAGAGCUAAAAGAUAUUCCAACCCGCCUUCAGUUAAUGUACAAUUACCAAACGAAAUAGAGCAUUUAUAUCCCACUCAAUUACCAAUUAGCCUUGCUAAAAAAAAGGAUCUCCUCAAUAUGUGCGAAAAACUUAUCAUACCAGAGGAACUUCAUGCAUGGAUACGUGGUAUGAAGACGUACACCAAACCUACAGCUUUCGAAAGUGAUGAAGAGUUAUUAAUUUUGUUUUUUUUUAUGAUUCUUUAAAUAAACCAUUUCCUAAAGUACAUAGUAUGUUUAAUUUCACUAAAUCUAAAACCCAAUAAGUCGGUGCCCUUUGUAACUUAUAUAUUUAUUAUGACAAAAUGUACUACCUCAGAAACUCAAAAACACUGUUUUACACUAAUUUAACGUAUCCACUUUUACCACAAAUACUCAUAAU